CUCUCUCUCUCUUUUUCCUAUUACUUUCGUGAUGAAUAGCUCAAAACGUUUACGUUGGGACUGCUCAUGUUGCCGCAAAAAGCAUGUCUUCCCUCCACCCGGCUUGUCAGAUGAUAGCCCCGCCACACCCCCGGUACCACCCAACUCCUUAGCUACUGAUAACAUGGAUUUCUUCAUAGCAGCCUAUGGUCUUUCAAAUUUGACCUUAAAUGCAUCGAAUUUACCACCUACCCCCGCUGUGGAGCUUGAGCGACCAGAAUUAUAUUUUGCUUCUUCAUCAACUUACUGCUAUGUGUCUGCCCGCUUCAACAACUUCACUUGUACUCGUUGUCAGACAUACAAUGAAAUUGCCACGCCACUGGACCAAGACGUCUCGUUUUAUGCCAUUUGCAGCCAAAAGUGUCUGGAAAGAGCCGUCAAUAGUCAAACUUCUCCUAUCACCCUUGGCACGACGUUUCGCUGUAAAUCAUGUAACGCAACACAAAUACCGUCUGUACGAGUGAUUCCCGUACAGGACCCUAAAUCCAAAAGAAGACUGGAUUCUCGGCUUAAAGCCAAAGCGUUGAAAUUGGAAAACUUGCGUAAUGACGGUAAAAUAUCCUCCAAGGUUCGAUUUGAUCACGCUUUGAUAAAGACAAGACCUGCCCAAAAGGCCGUGCCUGCAGCAUAACCAGUCGUUGUACAGUAGAAUAAUAAAAAAGAAAUGAUCGUCCUUUGUUUUCAUUCCCUUGAUGUCCC